UCGUCACACUAAAUUACAUUAAAUAUUAAGUUUUAAUUAUAUAAUUUAUGUUGCAGAUAACUUGUAAAAGAAGGUUGAAACAUUAGUAUUAAGCUCACCAAACAAAAAGUGAGUUGUGGGUAUGCCCCUUUAACGUGCCCUUCCCCCCUCUUCCUGUGAGCGUAGUGUUGGAGGAAAAAACAGUUAGCGAUACCAGAGAGGUGAUGUAGCUGUGUGGAUCGAGAACAUUUUCCCUGGAAAUACGGAGGUUUUCUGAUCCAAAGGGAAAUCAGUGACUAUUGAGAGCCUAAGAACAAUAACCAGAGAAGUUUUGGCCAGGUUUUUAGUGUGUGCUUCAGUUGUCGGGAAGAGCUUUCUGGGUGUCGGACGAGGCCUGGAUCUCUCUCUCCCUUUUCUUCGUGCGGUGGCUGCAGACGACCCGCGCACACACACACACAGGAUAUUGGAUGGCGAGCCUGACCCAUGAGACUCGAGCUUAAAGACUGACAGCAACCGGAUCGACAGAAUACGGUUUGAUAUUGCUCAUAUAGUGAGACAAUUUUGUGUGCUUCUGCUUGCUGCUUUAUGGCAGCAGGAUUCCGGAUUUCCCCUUUUCUGAUCUGAAUUGAACUAUUGAACUGAACUGGAUCAAUCUGAAUUGAACUAUUGAACUGAACUGGAUCAAUCUGAAUUGAACUAUUGAACUGAACUGGAUCAAUCUGAAUCGAACUAUUGAACUGAACUGGAUCAAUCUGAAUCGAACUAUUGAACUGAACUGAAUUAAUCUGAAACUGUUGAACUGAAUCCAAGUUAUUGUAUUGAAUACUGUUAUAUUUCAUGCUGUUGUUGUGUUAAGUGGGUUCUACUCAUACUCAAUUGGUAUUCUGAGUUAAGUGCGAUCUAUUUGACAUUAAUUGUAAGUGUUCCUGUUUAAUGCUUUUUGUUUUAUUAAAAGUGCCGGCUUUCCAUUUAAGGGUCCCUGGUUCUGGUCUCUUCACUGUGCUUUGCUCCACUGCUCCAGCGAACCUAGAACUGGUCCAGUAGCUCAUACAUCUGUCUGAUUGUGACACAAGUGCUACAUAUAAAGUGGCGAGCCAGCCAGGAGCGGUUCAGCGAGUACAGUGCUAGAGAUCAGAGACCUUCAAAGUGAGUAAAACAUGGAAGUCGUGCAGCAGAGUAAUGUGAAAAUUCCCAAUUCAGUGAUGGUCAGUGGGUUGUCUGGUACAGAAGCUGAUGAAGAACUGUUUGAUUUCCUCAAGCAGUAUGGUUCCAUACAAAGAAUAAUACCAGUAAACACCCCAGGUACAGAUCGAGGUAAGCAGGUCAUCGUGGAAUAUGUACAUGGCACAGCUGUUCAGUCAUUAUCAUCUUUGUUGCCACACAAGGUGUUAUCUAAGACACUGACAGACGUUCUGUAUCUUAUUGAGGCCCUACCUGCUGUAUACACACCAGUAGUCAGUAAGACAGCUACACAGACUUACCUUGCAGAGCUAAGAGACAUAGCCAAACAGACUGGUAAAGAUUUUGCCACUGUUUUAAGAGAAGAACUCACUUCCAUCGGUAAAGCUGUUGACUCUGACAACACAGACACCCAAGCAGAGCACAUGGAACCAGACCUACCUGACACUCCAGACUCACAUGUCCCAGUGGCUGCUGUGCAAGUUAGUUCUCAACCUUGUGGUGCUCCAGAACAGCAGAUUCAGCCACCGGGGUGGAGUUGGUCCCCACCACCAGUGCCUAGCGAGAAAAGGGCAACUGCUCUAAGCUUUGCUGAUGUCAGUCCGCCUGAACUACAGAAGGUAAUAGUGGAGCAUAUAGUGCGGACAGAAGAUGCUGCUACACAGAUGAUGCACAACUCCCCAAGACUCAGGCCUUUUUCUGGGCGGUGCCCUCGUCCCAGCAAUGAAGUAGAUUACGAGACUUGGCGGUCUAAUGUUGAACUUCUUUUAAAAGAUACCAGACAACCAGAUCUUCAGAAGGCACGGCGACUUUUGGAAAGUCUGUCGUCCCCUGCUAUUGACAUAGUGAAACAUCUGACAUUCGAAUCACCUCCCAGUGUGUACUUAGAAAUCCUCGACUCUGCCUAUGGUACAGUUGAGGAUGGUGAUGAUCUCUUUGCAAAGUACCUCAAUACCAUGCAAAAUCAUGGUGAGGAGCCCUCAACCUACCUCCAGCGAUUACAGGUGAUGUUGAAUACCACCUUCAGGAGGGGAGGUGUAGGUGCAGGAGACCUUGACAGACAACUUCUCAAGCAGUUUAUAAGAGGAUGUUGGGACAAUCAUUUAAUAGCUGAACUACAGCUGGAGCAAAAGAAGCAAAAUCCACCCACCUUUGCAGGACUGCUUCUCCUGCUUCGCACUGCAGAAGAUAAGCGUGCUUCCAAAGCAUCCCGCAUGAAACAGCACUUAAGUGCUUCAAGGCCAAGAGUGCUUUCGCACUACCAAGGCGUUGCUCCAUGUAGCCUAGAAACAUACCCUCCGUCACUUUCAGUAGACCACUCUACACCUGAAAUCCAGCAAAUAAAGAAGCAGAUUGCUGAUCUGCAGUCUCAGCUCACACGGUUCACUCAGAAAAGUAGUGAAAGAGCUGAAAAGACACAAUCUCUCAAGCUAAAAGCUCCCAACUCAACAACAGUCAAACCCCCGCUUGACAGCUCAAGGUUGCAUAAGAUCCAAGCCCCUGACCAAGUCACAAACAACUCAAGAAACCGACCUAAAGCCUGGUAUUGCUUUAGGUGUGGUGAAGAUGGGCAUAUCAAACCACAAUGUGAAAGUGGACCAAAUCCCUCUUUAGUGGCUUUAAAAAGGAGGCAACUGAAGGAAAGACAACUAGCAUGGGACACUAGGAAAGGGAUCACAGAUUGUGACACUUUAAACUAGAAGCAGUUUCCAUUGAGGGACAAAUGGAGACUGAAGCACAGGUAAAAUGUCCCAAAAAAGGACGACGCUCAUCUAGUGUGCGCUCUAAGAGCAACAGACAUUUGGUAACUUUGCCAAAAGGAUUGGUUGGCGCAAAAUGUACAGCACAGGUGAUCAUAGGAGAUCAAGAAUCUAGCUGUCUACUGGAUACAGGUUCUCAAGUCACAACCGUCCCUAAAUCGUUCUACCAGGAGAACUUGUCCAAAUUACCAAUUCAUCCCUUAAAUGACUUGCUAGAAGUAGAGGGAGCAAAUGGUCAGAAUGUGCCUUAUCUUGGGUACGUUGAAACAACAGUCCGGUUUCCUAAGAGCUUAUUGGGUGCAGACAUUGACGUGCCAACCCUAGCCCUGAUCGUACCCGAUGUACGUCCAGGUUUUUCAUCACCAUUGAUCGGCACCAAUGCCUUAGAUGUCUUUUAUGAGCAGUACACAAACAUUGCUUCCCAAACCCAUCAUUUACUUCCCUAUGGCUACAAAGUGGUCUUAAAGACCUUGGAAGCCAGGAAAAGGCAUCAGGCUGACUGUAGCCUGGCGGAAGUGAAACUGCGUAGCACGGACCCUCAAACCAUUGAGGCUGGUCAGACAACAGUUUUGGAGGGGUCAAUAAGCUGCCGAAUCCGAAAUGUUGGGAAGUGGGUGAUGGUCGAAUCUCCAAGGUCAACCUCCCUACCUGGCGGCUUACUAGUCACUGACGGGCUAGCAACCCUGCCAUCCAAACUGCCAUGCUGCAUACCAGUGGUCCUCAAAAAUGAGUCAGACCAUGCUAUUACUCUUUCACCAAAGACUGUGAUAGCAGAAAUACAUGCCAUUCAGAGUGUUCGGUCUAUUGACCAAGGCAAAGUCCUUUCUGCCAAUCCUGAGCACGAAUCAAAGUUGAACUUUGACUUUGGAAACUCUCCCAUACCCAGUGAGUGGAAGGAGAGAAUAACUGACAAAUUGAAUUCCAUGCCAGAGGUGUUUUCACACCACGAUCUCGAUUUUGGCCGCACCAAUAAAAUAAAACAUCACAUAAAUCUUUGUGAUGAGACACCUUUUAAACACAGAGCAAGGCCAAUCCACCCUCAAGAUAUAGAGGCUGUACGUAACCACCUACAGCAACUUCUUGAUGCAGAAGUCAUCAGAGAAUCUGAAUCACCCUUCUCUUCUCCAAUUGUGGUGGUCAAGAAAAAGAAUGGUGAUGUCAGACUCUGUAUAGACUACCGAAAGCUGAAUCUCCAAACGGUAAAGGACUCUUAUGCCCUGCCUAACUUGGAGGAAUCUUUUUCAGCAUUGACUGGGUCCAAAUGGUUCUCUGUUUUGGACCUCAAAUCUGGUUUUUACCAGAUAGAAAUGGAAGAA